AUGUCGGACCCACGUGUCACCGUGACACUUGUCCCCCUUUUCGAAGACACCCAUCCUCUGCGUACCCUCACUAUCGCCGACCAUGAUAAGACUGUGGCCAUCGGACGUGCCUCAAAGCGUGAAACUCGAAAAAGGAGUCCUGCAACAGAAAACGCCUGGUUUGAGUCUCGGGUCAUGUCUCGUGAUCAUGCCUUUCUCAACAUACCACCCGACCAAAAUACGGUUUUCAUUGCCGACUGUGGCUCGACACACGGAACCUUCCUGAAUGAUACUAAGCUGGUGACAGAUGUGGAUACCCCGCUGUUUAGUGGAGAUAUCAUCCGAUUUGGUGUCGAUGUCGACCGUGGCCAAGAGAUUUUUGAGGCCAUCGAGGUCCGCUGCAAGGUUCAGUGGCUAAAACCCCAGCGUGCAGUCAUUCGAGACGAUGGAAUUGCUAUCAAACUGAAUCCAAGCCCGUCAACCAAUAGUUUCUCUGUUCCCGAAGACGAUAGCGAUAUCGAGGCUGCCGACCUUCCCAGUGAUGACUCCUCUAAAGAGUCCGUUGCUCGAUCUUGGGAAACUACUGUUCUGCAGCCUGUGGAUACUCUGGUUUCUCCUGUCUCGAGUGUCGAGGGUGACGAACAUUCGAAGGACGAACCGGAGCUCCAUUGGGGAGAUUUGUCUUCUACCGAAGAGUCUACCACAAAGGUUGUGCCCGACCCUUCACUACUGGUCCCGGAUCUUCCUAGUCCGCUGUCUGAUACCAAACCGGCCACCGACACCAAACCAUCUCCCGCCAAACCGGUCUCAGAUGCCAACAUAUCCUCCGCCAAACCACCCUCUACCGAAAUUCCAUCUGCACAACAAGCACACGAGGAAGAAAGUCUCCCUGCAGUCUGUUACCAGAAAGUACCCGAGAUCCUCUACAGCGAUUGGACCAUGAUGCGGCCUAUGUUCAUGCGGCUAGCAGACAUGGCUUGGGGCGAAUCCAACAUGAUACCCGACGUUGACCACGACAGGCGCAUUAUCCACGCUGCACGCCGUUGUUCUAUCUCCAAAGAUUCGUACUGGGUAGAUGACUCCCCUAGCUUCCAGCCUUGCGUUGGGACAGAAGUCUAUUGGGAACCAGACUCCGAGGAAUCAGACACAUCCUUCCAUCGUAUGCCCGGCAACCUUCUUAGGUACUGGUCAGUCGAUAAGCGAAGGUUUUGGAUCAUCUACGAAGACGAAGCCGGCCAGGAUAUGAGCAAUUGGUGGUGGAUCGUUGAGAAGCCACAGGAGCUUCUCAGCGAGGAACUGAAGCGCCAGCUCGAGACUGAAACCGAGGUGGAAGACUGUCACAAAUGCUGGAUCGUGAGGGCCUGGGAGCCCCAGAUGAUCGGAGAUCGAUGGUGCGAUGUGGCUCCUUACUGGGAUCUGAACUUCGAUGAAAACUGGCUCUCUGAUGACGAGUCCGUUGAUUCAGAUGAAGAAGCUCAGGGCAGUGAGGGGUACAUUUCUGACUCAGAUGGUCUCAACCAGUCGAUCUCAGACAACUAUGAAUAUGCUUAUGGGAUGUACGACAGCGAAUCGAUUCAUGGAGUCGAUUGUGAAGUGUCGGCAGAGGACUUUGACGAAGAUGACGAAGAGAAAGAUGAUGAGGUCUCUGAUGAAUCCGAAAACGACUCUGACAGUUCCUCUGAGGAUGAGCGUCUUGAACACCGUGUUCCGCUGAAGCCUGAUCUCCGUUCCUUGCUUGAUUUGGAGUAUAUGAAGGAACUUGGACGCGCCAACCACACUGAUGCCGUCGAAGUGUCCAAGCAUGUACCUGAAGAGAAUGGCCCAGAGCAAUUGUACCAGGAAGCUAUUGGGGACGGGCCAUCGAACCCCGCACGGAACGAGAGUAAGCCAUCGAUGUCACAGACUGCCCCUGGUAUGACAAACCCAGGUGCUCGGUUCCCGCCAUACACUGUUUCUGGUGAGCUGCCAAGAUCAUGUCAGAACAAAUAUCCACCAAUGCAACGGAAGAUUGAGAGCAGUGUUGGAAUACCGUCCUUGUCUCAUGAAUUCGAGAAUUACUACCACGAUGGACCGUUCUCGACUAGUGCCCCCGUGGACGAUGUAUUUGUGCCCUACCUGGCAACAUCUGGAAAGUCAAAUUUGAAGCGUACUGCAACAGAGAUGCAAUCGUCGUCUCUUGAACCCAGUUUUUCGCAAGAUGCUCAGCGGCUGCCUGUAGAGCCAGCCAGCCAGUCAGAUCUCAACCUCGACACAAUUCCCUCUGAGGCCAAGGAUGCGAUCAGCUCCGCACUUGCCGAAAAUGUCUCUGCAUUUGCUGAGAAUGAGCGUCCGGCAAAGCGAGUGAAGUCUAAUCACCCAACCUCAAAGUCCUUGGCAAGCCACGCCACCACGGCUGUCGUCAGCGCCCUGCUGGGUGGUCUGGGAACUAUCGCUGUGCUAGCAGCCUUACCCAAUGAAUACUUCCAGUGA